GCACCUGAAAUCAUUAAAGGUCAAAAAUACAACCAAGCCGUCGACUGGUGGUCCUUCGGAGUGUUGGUCUACGAGAUGCUCGUGGGCCAGUCACCGUUUAGCGGGUGCGACGAGGACGAGCUGUUCUGGUCGAUCUGCAACGAAAUUCCAUGGUUUCCGCACUAUCUCUCGAAGGAAGCGCUGCGGUUACUGCAGUCGCUCCUGGAGAAGGAUGCCUCGAUCCGGCUCGGCGUGCUGAACACGAUGGACGAGGAGAGUGACAUCAAGUACCACCCGUUUUUUAAUAGUAUUACCUGGGACAAGCUGGAGAGAAGAUCCGUGGAGCCACCGUUCAAGCCGCAGGUGCGGCAUCCACUCGAUACUCAGUAUUUCGACAAGCAGUUCACCCGUGAGCGCGCGCGACUGACGCCCAUCGACCGGAACAUACUGGCCUCGAUGGAUCAGGCCCAGUUCGAGGGCUUCACCUACACCAACCCUAACAAUACGCUGACGAAGUUGCGCGAGAAGCAGAAGAAGAAGACAAAGAAAAUGUAUUUCUGUCCACAGUGUGGUGAUAUUAAGGUCACCUAUAACAUGUUUUGAAGAAGUACCACACGGCGCGGAGUGGAAUACGUAGAGACAGGAAGUAGUAGAAAUGGAGUAGAACGUGGCUAGGAGAUUCGUUCGGCCGGCGUUUAGCUGUCACCGGCACACGGGUGUUGACACAGACAGAUACAGAGAUACAGAGAGGUAGAGAGUGAGAGCGCACGGCAAGAAGGCAGCAGUUCCCGGUGGCCCGAUAGCAUCCGGAGUGGUGGUGACGUGGCAGACGUUUAUUUGAGGGCCUGUUAGUAAGGAGAGGAGAAAUAGGCGGUGGACGACCCCCACAGGAGCCAACACAAUUCGUGGUUCAGCAUUUUCUGGCAGCAGCAGCAGCAGCAGCGGCAGCAGCAGGGCUUGUGGUUGCGCAUUGCGCAGGUUGCCCAGGCGUUUUGUACUUUCUUUCGGGGUGGUGGCCCUUCGCUCGAAUGGUCGCUCGCCACCCCAAUAAUAAGAUAUACACACACACAUACACACAUAUACACACACACUAGAACGGACUGAUGAAGCCGUGUACUUUGAUUGCACUCACGAGCACGCUCAAGUUGCCCCUGCAAGAUGGCCGGACUUCUAAGCCGCACCAUACAACCAUUCUUCUGCGUUUCCGCGUUAACUGCUACUAUUCCUACUGCUACGUGGGCUCCAUUGGCCCGUUCCACCCCAGCCCCCCGCAAGGCCCCAGCCCUGACUCCACUGGAUUCCCCGAUUCCCCCUUUUUGCACGUACGCAAAUUGAACUGAACGGUUUUCGUCAGCUUUGGUUUAGAGAGUUCCCAACGCUUGAUCGCUACUUGAUCGAUCCCUAUGGUGCUAUGCGCUACAUUGUUCCCUUUGCCCAUGUCUAUAUCUAUGAGUGUGUCCUUGUAUAUGUAUACGUUUACAUACACACGCACACACACACACACAUAUACAUAAAUAUAUAUGUACAAGUAUACAUGAACAAGAAAAUAUCGAACACACAAUUAAUAGUGGCCUUUGCUCAUCGGCGGAAGCUUUCCUGCUGGUGUGACCUAGCGAUUAGAACCUAGAGCAAAAGUAGUUGAAUUAGAAACAAAACACAACAAAACAAAAAAAAAACAAACACGAAGGUUGCAUACCUUCGAGUUACCCUCCCUAACGGAUAACUCGCUCAGGCGGAGUGGCCGCCCAAUUCUGCGCGCGCGUGUAACGCGUUUUGUGACAAAUUUUGUGAAGUUGGCGAUGAAGUAACGCCGCGCGAUCGCUGCAAUGGUGCCAAGCCAUGUAAAACAAUGCCAGGAAACUGAAUCGCAGCUCUUAAGACCUUACACGUAGCCUUUUUUUUGUGCACACCCACACCUGAUCAGCAAACACAGGCCGAGUUUCAGCCGAAAUAAAAAGAGUGAUCUGGGUUUUCGAUGGGGUCGCGGUGGCGUGCUACGCGAUUAGAAGGCGCUGUUUCACUGGACGGUUCAAUAUUGCAUACAUUUGUAAACGCCCGCUAUUAUUAUAACAAAAUAAAAAACA